CUGAUAUUUACUUGGUCUUUUCCCUCUUGUUCAAAACAUUUAUAAAUAACCAAGUGUGUUAAUCUACCAAACAUUGUGUCUUUUGCAUGCAACAAACAUUUCUUACACCCUCUUUUAUCUUAUAUUCACUUAAUAGACAUACACAAAUAAGCAGCAACAGCCUACAGCUACAAUGAGUAGCCAAUCCAGUAUGGAUGAUAAUGCUACCCCGAAGAUCGAACUUCCAGGCUUCCGAUUCCAUCCCACCGAGGAAGAACUGCUCGAAUUUUACCUCAAAAACAUGAUCUACGACAAGAAGUUACGUUACGACAUUAUUGGAUACCAUAACAUCUAUCACCAUGAUCCUUGGGACUUGCCUGGGUUGUCGAAGAUUGGAGAGAGAGAAUGGUAUUUCUAUGUUCCUAGAGAUAGGAAGCAUGGAAGUGGUGGGAGGCCUAAUAGGACUACGGCAAAUGGGUUCUGGAAAGCCACCGGUUCCGACCGGAAAAUCGUGAGCUUAUCAGACCCGAAGCGCAUUAUCGGCUUGAAAAAGACUCUUGUUUUCUAUAAAGGGAGAGCUCCACGAGGGUGCAAGACCGACUGGGUGAUGAACGAGUAUCGUCUCCCGGAUGGUUGCUCCUUGCCUAAGGACGUAGUGUUGUGCAAAGUAUAUAGGAAAGCAACUUCCCUGAAAGUUCUUGAACAAAGAGCUGCAAUGGAGGAAGAGUUGAAAGCAAUAAAGAACACAUCUCGUUCAUCUCCACUAUCAUCUAUGGAGACAAUCUCUUUUUGCAGCCCAAAAGAGGCUCAAGUGCCAGCACCCCAAAUGUUCUGUAAGAAAGAAAAUGAAGAAGAACAAGAACAAGAAACAAUGGUGGAAAAGAACAGAUGUCUACAAUUACCAUUAGGUAGUGAAAAACUACCAGAGCUUCAAAUGCCCAAAGUGCUAAGUGAUUGGACCCAAGAUCAGUUUUGGACUCAACUGAACAGCCCUUGGUUCCAAAAUCUCACAACCUAUGCCAACAUCUUGAAUUUCUAAGUAAAAGCUUAAUUAAUUAUCAUCUCAGCUCGAAGAGGCAUCUUAUUUCAGUGGUAUUAAUUAGUUUAGACCCUGAUGUUGUGUACAUAAGCUUAUCUCCUACCGUUUUAGUUUAGUUCCUUCCUACUAGCCUCUAAGAUGACCAAACUUUUUUAGAGAUUCAAGCUUUGGAAGCCUUUGCUUGUUUUGUUGAUGAUAUUUUUUUCAUAAAUGUUUACCAUGUGUUUAAUUUGUUUGAUUUAA